CGUUGUGCUAGAACGAUAUACUUGAAGAUAUUUGAAAACUUUUCGAAAGGAAUUACUCGAAGGAAAUAAACCCGAAGGACCCAAAAUGGAUUGUGAUAUGCGUGGUUUUUAUAAGGAUAAAGUAAUUUUCCUGACGGGUGCGACUGGUUUUUUGGGAAAAUUGCUUAUCGAGAAACUUUUGCGAUCCACCGAAGUUAAACGAAUAUACUCCAUGGUUAGGAGCAAACGUGGUCAGAAUAUUGAGGAUCGACUAAAAGUGUGGAAAACUGAUCCAGUUUUUGAAGUCCUGUUGCGAUCGAAACCCGAUGCCCUGCAACGAGUUUAUCCUAUAGCUGGGGACUGCUCCGAGGCUGAUUUGGGAAUAAGUGAGCAGGACAGAAGGAUCCUGGCCUCUGAAGUGGAGGUAGUAAUUCACGGCGCAGCUACUGUGAAAUUUACCGAAGAUCUUCAUAUCGCGCUAGCGAUAAAUACUCGUGCCACCCGGUUGAUGCUCCAACUGGCCAAGGAAAUGAAGAAGCUGGUUGCAUAUUUGCAUGUUUCCACAGCCUACUCCAACAGUGUGUUACUCCGCAUCGAGGAGAAGUUUUACCCGGAGCUGUUAACCUGUGGAUCGGAUAAGGUUCUGGCUUUGAGUGAGCUGGUUAGCGAGCAAGUUCUAGACGGCAUGGAGCCAGCUUUGAGGGGCGAUUUUAAAAAUACCUAUACCUACACCAAAGCCUUGGCAGAAGAUGUAGUCCUUAAAGAAGCUGGUAGCCUACCAGUCAGCAUUUAUCGACCUGCCAUAAUAAUUGCCACUUACAAGGAGCCAUUAGUUGGGUGGAUAGAUAACCUCUAUGGACCAAUUGGCAUGAUGUAUGGAGUCGCCUUUGGUGUUCUACGAAUGAUGUGCUGCAACAGAAAGGCGUUCAACACCAUGGUGCCAGGUGACUACGCAGCCAAUGCAGCACUUGCCAGCAUUUGGCAGACUGCAAAAGACAAGAAAGUACUGCCCAGGAAUACUGCCGAUGUGCCACCUAAAAUUUACGCAUUUGGACCCGGCAAGAACAUGUUUCUAAACGACGAUCUAAUACGUUUUUCAUUGUCCCAACGUGAAAAAAUUCCACUGACCCAGAUGAUCUGGUAUCCCUGCGUGUUCAAUGUCCCCUCACCAACACUCUACUCCCUGGUUGCCUUCUUUGUUCAUGUUUUGCCCGCUCAUGUCUUCGAUCUGUACCUGCGACUUUCGGGGAAAAAGCCCCGAUUGGUCAAGCUCUACAGCGUGAUUCACGAAAACAUAUUUACAACUCGAUAUUUCACAAGCAACACUUUUCAUUUUGAAAUGGACAACACGAAUAGACUCAGGGACCAGUUGUCGCCAGAAGAAAAGACCAUCUACGAAUUUGACAUGGAGAGUCUGAACUGGAACGAUUAUUGGAGCCAGGCUCUUAGGGGUAUGAGAACCUACCUAGCAAAGGAACCCAAUACCCCGGAGUCUAUAACUCAAGGCCAGCGACUGCUAUGGAAGCUUAAAGUGGCUCACUACAGCCUAGUGACGGUUCUUGUGUUCUUAGCUGGAUAUCUUUUAUGGUUCUUGAUUAAGCUGUAUAUCUUAUAA